AUGAACUCUUCAUUAUUUAGGAACAUGACGCGCGCUGAUAAGGAUGCUACCGUUGGGGGUACUGGUAGUGACUAUGCCAACUGCACACUAGAGAUGCCACUGUCUAUUUUUCAGACCCCACCUGUUGUUCGUCAGCCACAAGUUCAGCCAGUCCGUAGCGAGCAUAGCACCACGAGUAUUGCUGUCAUUGUAGAUCAUUGGGAGCAGCUUGAGGCACGUCAUGCUGAGUUGAAGAGACGUGAUCGAGCCAUGGAUCAGAUGCAGCAGGCUAUGGGAGAUGUUGGUCUCUUACUCCUGGAGGAUGAAGAGGAUGAUAAUGAGAAUUACUUGUUCUCAGAGAAGUUACCGUUCGAGAGAAAUUAUUGUCCCACCGAGGCAAAAUUGGUGGAACAUUAUGCUGAGGGGUUAGCGGCAGAGUAUUGGGAUAAUGUGAGUCAACGCAAUACUUUGGCGGCUGCGAUGGACGAGGUUAUUCUGAUUGAAGUUGAUAUGGCUACACCAGGUGAUAGUACUAUGAGUUGCAAACGUUGUGGAAAAUUAGGCCAGAAGCAGUCAGCGUGUAAGAGUGUCGAGCCAUUAUGCUUUAACUGUCAUCGGACAUGGCACAUGAGAGGGCAGUGUGCAAAUCCUAAAGUGUAUCCAAGUGGUAGUCAUAAGAAGACUGAUGCACCAAAGAGGGUUCAAUUUCACAAAAUACCUGAUGAUAGAUUUGCAUAUGGUAUUGUCAAAAUUGAUGAAUACUUGAAUGCUGAUGAUUUGGUUAGUAUUGUCAAUGAAAGUUUGAUAAAGAAUGAACAAGUGAAAAUUUUAAAGAAAACGGAAACCUCAACUCUUGAUUCUCAACUCAAUUAUGCUGAUGUCGAUGACAAUUCAGAUAUUGUGAGUGAAAUCAGUGAGAUUGAAGAGGAAGAAGAGGUUCAUUGUUCACAAUUGUCAAUCAUUAAUAUCACAUCUAAGAUAAAAGUUGAAAGCUGGAAAUCUGAUGAAACUGAUGAAAACAAAGAAGAUGUGAAGGAUUCACAUGAAAUACCUCCACGAGUUGUGGUUGAUCAAGUAUUUGGUGAUACAAAAGAAUUCGAAAAAAUUCUAAGUGACAAAGAGAAAAUUAAUCCUAAAUUCAACAAAAUUGUUGAAAAUGAUAAUCAAAGGUCAACUACUGAAGGUAUCUUCGCAAAUCAAAAUACUGUAGAAAACAAUUUGACUCAAAAUUCGGCAAUUGAUGCAGAAACAAAUGCUCCUAAUAGUCAAACAUCAGAAUCCUCAAAACAUAAUGAUGAUUCAACAAUCACUACAACAUGGAUACCUUGCGAAAGUGUGCCUGGAGUUAAUGUGGUAGAGCAAACUUUCGAGGGGGAGAAAGAAAAUAUGAAUCAUCAAGUUGAGGGGGAGCAUUCGCAAAAUUAUCAGGAAUAUCAUUUAGAAGGGGAGCAUCAAAAUGAAUGGCAUGUUGAGGGGGAGCAUCAAGAUGAACAUCAUGUUGAGGGGGAGCAUGAUGAAACAGAGACAAUUAAUCUUGAUGAAAAUGAUGAGUUUCAUGAAAUAAAUGAUAAUUUUUCUAUUGCAAGAUCUGAAAAUAAAGAUAUGUAUGAAGAUGCACCAUUGGAAUUUAAUCCUGAUUUUCCACCACUUGAGAAAUGGACAAGAAAUCAUCCCAAAGAACAGAGCCAAAGACAGUAA